AACAGUUUCUGCUCAGUUUAAAAAGAAUAUGGCCGUGUUGGGGCCGUGUGUAAGUGUAAAUAUGAAUGGGCACAAUAAUAUUCAUAGUCAGUUAACAAAAUCGUUAGAGAGAAUUUUGGAAGAUGCUUACUUGAGUGGUGAAUUAAAACUAAGUGGACGCAAGUUGAGAGAGUUUCCUAAACCUGUGAAGUUUGACCUGAGCGAUACAGUUGUUGCUGAUUUGUCAAAAAAUCGGUUCAGUGAAUUACCAGAUGAGUUAACGUCGUACAUUUUUUUAGAAAAGUUACUGUUAUCUCAGAAUAUAAUCAGAACAGUUCCAAAUGCAGUCGGAGGUCUCCAGUCACUCACAUAUUUAGAUUUAAGUUCAAACCAGCUCACAGAAUUACCGCGGGAAGUAUGCCAGAUGCCGCUUCAAGUGCUCUUAGUCCCCGACAAUAUGCUAAGUACCUUACCCAAGGAGAUAGGCAAGAUGACCUCGCUGGCUGAGCUCGAUGCCUCCAACAACAGACUGACGCAAGUCCCCAUGACUCUUGGGGAUUGCGCCGGCUUGAGGGCUCUCGACCUUAGCAAUAAUCAGCUGGGACUGCUGCCGUUACAGAUCACAUACUUGAGGCUGGAACACCUGGAUGUGAGCUGUAAUUGCAUAUCGUCGUUACCUCUGGAACUUCGCAACAUGAACACACUAGUUACGCUUAAUUUGGACAACAAUCCCCUCGUCUCACCACCCACCACUAUAUGCAUGCGCGGGCGCGUGCACAUAUUCAAGUACCUCGAAAACAUGGCGAACAAAGACACCCUCCCGUCUCACAGACGAGUAGAAGACACCAGACGUUCGGCCAAACACAGCUCGUAUAUAAGCAACUCUCCGAACACUAGUGCUGCGCAUCAGAUCACUUCGGGCAACGCGACUAUCGACUGCUUGAGGCAUAAGCCGAGGCACGUUGUCGAUAGUGGGUACAGCACUGAUGGCGUUGAUAAGAGGUGGUCUAAUGAUGGAGGCGGUGAAGCAGGUGGAGGGGGCAGCGGUCGUUCAACGCCAAGCACACCUUCCACCUUGUCUCCGGGAGCAGCAUUAUCCAGGGCCCAGUCAUUAUCAAGCGAAACACCUUUGGCGCCCAACACUCCACUGCUCUCUGGCGUCCGUAUAUCACCCGAUGGGAACAUGUCCAAUGGCGACGAUAAGAGUAAAUUAGCCCAUCAACAAACAUACAGACAAUACAAAGAAGCCUUAAGACAGCAGCGUCAGCAAGACAUUUACCGCCCCCGCACCGACCAGCCCUCCCCCGAGCUGGACUCCACCCCGCACUCCCAGACCCAGAGUCCCAUCCACCAGAUAACUUCCCACUCCCCAGUCAACGGAUACAGCAGUAACGUAUCACCUAGUCUAUAUAAAACCGCAUCUUCCAAUAGUAGUCUAUCUAAUACCUCAUCCCCUAAUAUUUCCCAAGUGCCAAACUCCCCCCUCCUUCACUCCACUCCCCGAAGAUUUCAGAAUCAAACGACGAACGGCAACGGUGUUGUAGAGAAACAAGAAGAAAACAAAAGGCCUGUUCAAAAAGUUGUACCUUCUAGAAACGUGAAUAGCAAGGUAUACUCGACUGUCAACGGGAACGUGGAAUACAACGGUCGGGUAAACGGUCAGACAGACGCAUACAUAAAGCCUACAUCACCUACUAAGUCACCAACGAAUACUAUGGGGUACAACAGUUUAGGGAAGUCGAGUAUACCGCGGCAAGUGAACGGUGACAAUGCUAAGUUGUUGACGACCAGUGUGGCGUAUUUGAAAGGUGCGGCCCCGAAGCCCCCGGGCAAGAUGGCGUGGAAUAAAGACGCUCCGGUGGACAAACUCAGCUUUACUAUGAAGAGAGAGUUCGAUAAGCAGAAGGAAGAACUGGAUUUGCUGCAGCAGUUGAGAUCUAUCAUCGAGACCCGUCUGAAGAUGUCGCUGCCGGCACAGCUGGCGCCGGUGCUGUGUGACGGCGUGGUGCUGUGCCACCUCGCCAACCACGUGCGGCCCCGCUCCGUCGCCUCCGUGCACGUGCCCUCGCCUGCACAGCCCAAGUUAACAAUGGCGAGAUGUAGACGAAACGUGGACAACUUCUUGGAAGCGUGUCGAAAAAUUGGAGUUGAAGAGAAACUAAUGUGCUGCGCAGCGGACGUCCUCGAAGGCAAAGGCACAGUCCAGGUAGCCAUCACAGUGACAGAACUGCUCCGUCGCCACGCGGCCGCGCGGGCGUCGCCACACGCGGUGCCCAGCGCCACCUAGCGCCCGAAACUAGCACUCGCGCCCAUGUCCGCGCUAACGCUGUAACGUGCUUGGGAGAGUGGUACCGUGUAUAAAUUGCAUCUAGGAUUUACAGAAAUGAAGUCUUAUGUAAAAGUAUAUGAUUCGAAAGUUGUCUCCGAUUUAGAUGGUGGUUCGGUUGACUCAGGGGCUGAGCUUGCUUGCACGUUCAGCGCCAUCUAGUGCUCGAUACUCGCAUUGCUGCCAUGUUUUCAGACUUCCAGACUAAUGUGUAGUGACAUUAGUCUAAGGGAGUCGUAGGAUUUAAAAAUAGUCCAGAAUUUACAGGAAUUAAAAGUCACGUAACAUCACGAAUAUGGAAUAAAUGGCAUACGAACUUGUAAUGCGUAUAAAUAUGCGAUUAUGGAAAUCUAAGUUAUAUUCCUAUCUACAAUUUUCUAGCGAAUAGAAUGAGUGAUAGGGAAUUUCUAGUUAAAAAUUGAACUAACGAAAUAAAGUAGCCAAUUAUUUGUAAGGAAUGUCACGUUUCCUGUCAAAUACUCGAACCAAAUAUAAAGGAACAAAAUACAUUAUGUAGUCAAAAAUAAACGAUACAGAAGGAAUGUACGAUCAUUAUAUUUUUUCAAGUUUCUAGAUUUAAAUCAAUGGAUUUGAUAUCCCCGAAAGAGCACUAAAAUAAUUCGCUCUACACUUGUAGUUAAAAUAAUAAAGAAUUAGACUAGACUAAGCUCUCUCGAUUUCCAAAUAAAAGUUAAGCUCUAAAAAGCCAUUAAAAACGAAUGAGCAAACUUUACAAUUGCUUUUCAAACAUUGUUAAAGACAAUUUAAUAUUAGCAAUUAGCAAUACUUGUUUAUCAAACUUCUAUAAAUUGUGAUGCACAUGCACGAAAUAUUGCAGAAGGAAAAACACUGAAAUAGUUGACACUAAAAACGCUCCACCGCAAUACCAAGAUACCUUUGCUUUUUAAGGAAAACGGAACUUUUUAAGAAAAUAUAGAUGAUUUGGUGGUUUGAACCAAUCGAUAACUGGGUCGUUUAUAGUCAAGUCUACCGUUAAAAAAAAUAAAAAGAUCUAGGCAUCAAUCAAUGGUGUCAACUUCCCAACACUGUAUCUAUGUAGUACGUAAUAUUUCACCGCAAUAAAGGUGCUUUAAAUAAAAAUGCACAAUACACGAAUUUAUUAGUGAAUUUUCUACGAUACAUUUUACACAAGUUGAAUAGGCCGCAUAAGUAGACAAUUGUUAAAACGUCUUUAUUCGAAGUGCCUCUUUACACUCACGACCAAAUUAUUGACCAUCUCACUGUUACUAAAAAAUCGCUAGAGAAACCAGAAUCUUAAAUCCCAAGUGUUUCCGCUGAGUCAACUUUUUUGUUCGUAAGUGUAAUAUCAUCUUUCUCCAAAGUAGGUUCUUGAAGUGUCUUAGCAAAUUGGCAUAGUCUGAAUAGCACUCAAAUUAGUACUGAAAUGCACGGGCCUUAUAAAUGUUAGUUCGUACCUCGGUCGUCAAUGAAUAGUCCUAGGAAAGUUGAACCAAAAAAAUAUGAACAGGCAUAGUUUCGAGAUGUGAAAACUAAAUUAGAUAAAUUAUCUUGAUGAUUUUGUUUUAUAUUUUAUGAUAUGAAAUUGUUGUCAAGUCUUUUUAAUGCAAUAAUAGAAAAAAAUGUAGAUGAAAUCCACGAAUCUCUUCUCUGCAUUAGAUUGCCUAUAAAGUAAGGUUUCAAUUUGAAUGGACUUUAUUACAUACUCCAUAAUAAGUAGCAAAACAGCAAUAAAGAACAAUUGAUUCUUCUAUAUGUUCUGGUAUGAACUUGUUGGCUAUGCGUAAGCGCAAGCUGAAGUCAAUCUUGAUAAAUAUCAAAGUUUCUAAGCAAAAUACUGGUAGGAUUUUCUCCAUAACCUUGCGAGGGCCAGUUGUAUGUGAUUGUACCAUAAUUUGGGCUGUGCGUCUGUCAUUAGAAGUAACUUAAUUAGUCGCGAAGUAGAAGCUAGUAGAGCUAUUAACACGGCCGUCAAAUACUUAAGUAACUGAGAUCGUUUCAAUUCUGUAAUCUUCGAAAUUAGUGUAAGAACUGUCCCUAUGUUAUAGUGAAUCCAGACUGUGUAAUAUGUUCUGUAACACGUAUAAUGUCCGAACCAAAACAUUCAGACAUUAUUUAUAGUCAAAUAACUUUGCAUCUCCGAAGUUAGCCAUUAGAUGCUUCAUGCAAGCGUUCAAGCGUUUUGUUGGUACAUUAAGACUCGGAAGUCACAAGUAGCCAACUUCAGACAAGCAAAGCUGUUCGAUAUAAUUGUAGAGGUACUUCAUACAGUAAACUGGUUGCAUAACAUGUUACACAGUUGCAUUGUUGCACCAUAGAUUAAGAAAAAUCGUGAUAGAAUGGGACGAGAUUCUCGUUGUUUAGGAAUUGUGUAAGGUUUUAAAAUAAAAACUUUUUGGAUUCUGAAUAGACUCGUGUACUUGUGUGCAGUGAUAUAGUAAGGAAUUUUUCUCGUAUAUUUUUCGACUUUUAGGAUGAAUUUUCAUCGAUCAUAAGAAUCAUCUUGUCAUCUUCAUUUCGAAAGUCAUUCUACAAUGGAUUUGAUUAAUUUGUCACAUCAAAUUAACCAAUAGAAAUACCGUAAAUAAAGUUUAAAAAUCUCAGGUUCAUCAAACUUUACAAAAAGGUAAAAAAAUCUCAAAAAAAGUUUUCAUAAACCAUUAAUUUUCAUCAAAAACAAAGAAUUUGUAAAUAUUAUUCACAUAUCCUUUUUACCACCGAAUUCUAAACUAUACGGAAUUCUCCUAAUACUCAUAUAUAGGUAUUAUAUAUUCUAGUAUAUAAAUUUUGUUCUCGUCACUUUUAAAUAUAGUCAAUUCUCAUUAAUAUAAGUCACAGUAACUAUGUAUAAUAUUACUUUUACUUUAUAAGAAAAUAUUAGUGUUGUGUUUAGUAUCUUUUGAAUAAUUUAUCAGAAAGUAAUGAUUUAUCAUUGAUUAGAUUUUAAUGCUUUCUUUUGUUUACAAUAAUAUGAGGUGAGGUCUUGAAGGUAUAAAACAUAUUUAGUUAACUAAUUGAUGUUUACAGAAGCCAUAUAUUUCAAUGAUAUUAUGUUUACACUUUGCUUAUUUACCUUAUUUUCAGUUAUGUACAACUAUUACGAUCUAUUUUGCUGCAAAUACCGGCUUUCCCAUGAUUUAUAAUUAUAUGGAUUCAAUCAAUUUCUUAUUAAUAAAAAAAUUGUAGAUUUGGAAUAAGAAAAUAUCCCUAGUGUGAUUUUUUUACUUUAUGUUGUUUAAUUAAAAGAAAUAGUAUUUUUAUUUUAUGUCUAAGUUUACUUUUCACGUUGUGGUCAUACUGCCAACUUAAUCAUUAAAUAUAAUUAUUGUGUGAACAACUCAUACUAUACGUAAUAGCUUUUAUUUCGCUCCUAGAGUUGUGUUACCACUGAUUUGAAAUUAUAUAGAAAUUAUUCAUAAACUUUAUAGUUAAUAUGCAUUUUGUAUUCAUCACAACAGCGAACCGACAUUAUUGUUCUUAGUAAUAUCAGGUUUUAUUCAUAAGCGAUACAUUUUGAAAAAUCAAAAAGGGUAGAAAAACGAGAAGGUAUAGAGAAAAUACUGAAUAUAUAUUUUUGUAGUAUAUUUCCAGAUUGGUAGAAAAUAGGCUAUUUGGAUGUUUCGAUCCUGUUGCGGUAAAACUACCAUGAAAAAACUUUCAUUUUAUUGAAUUUACCUUAAUGGUACGUUUUAGGAUUUCUGCUAAUAUUUAUAGUACAUUGCAAUCAGCAUUAAUGUAUCGCAAAAUGUAUCGCUCAUGUAUAAAUACCUGUAUAAUGGAUUGUGUAUAAAAUAGUUGAUAAGAAUUACUACAGAACUGAAUGUUAGAGUCGAGUCUUUGUCCUAUUCAAAGAUAAUGUGCCAAAGACUAAGGUGAGGGAUAUUAUUUUGAUUGUAAAAAUUAACAUUUUUGUGUAAUGCACUGGUCUCCUAGUUUAAGUACCUUUGAUGUAGCAAUAUCUUAUCAUACACACAUGUUUAUAUGUAGAUAAAAUAAAGGUAUAUACGUUUUCGAAAUUAUAA